UAUUUACAGCUUCUGCUAUUGCCUUAUUCCCCUCUCGAAGCCCAAAUCUGAGAGAGAGGAGAGCGAGCAGAAGAGCUAGGGUUUCGCCUCGGUGCAAAUCUCGGUGAAACCCUAGUCCAAGCUCGCGCUCUCUCUCUCUCCCACUCUCGCGGCUCCGGUUCCCCGGCGACGGCGACAGCGCCAGUGAAUAGACACCAGGAAGCUCACUGAUCACUAUCCUACCAAGCUAAAUAACGAUGGUGUUGUGGGUUUUUGGAUAUGGAUCGUUGGUUUGGAACCCUGGAUUUGAUUUUGAUGAGAGAAUAGUAGGCUUCAUCAAAGAUUAUAGACGUGUCUUUGAUCUUGCAUGCAUAGACCACAGAGGUACACCAGCUAAUCCAGCAAGAACUUGCACGUUGGAAUCAAAGAGCAAAGCAGUCUGUUGGGGUGCUGCAUACUGCGUUAAAGGAGGUCAAGAAAAAGAACAAGCAGCAAUGCAGUAUUUGGAGAGAAGAGAGUGCGAGUAUGACACGAAGGUGUUUGUGGACUUUUACAAGGAGGAUGAUCCAUUUAAGCCAGCAAUAACAGGAGUCCUUGUUUUCAUAUCCACCCCUGAUAAAGAAGCCAACAGAUAUUACUUAGGUCCAGCUCCUCUGCAGGAUAUGGCAAGGCAAAUUGCCACUGCAAGUGGUCCAUGUGGGAACAAUAGAGACUACUUAUUUCUACUAGAGAAGGCAAUGCUUGAAAUAGGCCAUGAAGAUGCAAGAGUGAUUGAGUUGGCGAACGAGGUUAGAAAAGUGCUCGCAAAGCUUAAAGAGAAGAAGAUAACUUCCCCGCGUAUCUCAACCAAAUCCCAUCUGCCUCGGAUCAACAUUGCUUGCCUCCCUGAGACUGCCGUUGCGAGUUCAAGAUAAGUGCAAACAUCAAAUGCUAAAGGAAGAUCGUCAUCAAACCAAAGGAAGAUCGUAUCAACUAUAUGCAUGCUCGAGCAAAGCUCUAUUCUGUAAUACUGAAACUGCCCAACCUUUUCAAAUCUCAAGUAGUGAUUACUGCCUAGCAUCUAUAGUAGAUUGUAUCGACUAAAUGGUGUGCAGUGGAAAACGAUAUGAAUUGUGAGUUGAGAUUGCAAGCUUUUCUUCUA